AUGGUUGGAGUUCCGGGACGAUCCAAGGGUUGCAACACAUGUCGCAAGCGGAAGAAAGGAUGCGACCUCCAGAGACCGGUAUGCGGGCGGUGCCUGAAGGCUGGCAUCGAGUGCGCGGGUUAUGAACGGAAGCGCAUCUUCGUCAAUGUCACGUCCAACAACCCGAAGCCUAAAAAUACAGCUCUAGUCCUUGUGGCGCCUCCCACGAUCCAAGCACCCCUAUUUUCGCAUUCCGCUUACGAGGAAAAGAUUCUUGAUCUCUUUUGGGAGACAUACAUGCCCGAUGCCCCGGCUUUCACCCCAGGAACCCCCAUUGUCCGGUACUCUCAUUCAGACUGGGCUGCUACAGUCCAGGAUCUUUACCGAACGGAUGCGGCACUGCGCCAGAGCCUGCUGGCUAUUAGUCUUGGAACCAUCGGCCGACGCGACAAGCAAGUAUGGAUGAUAGAUGAGGGACUCAAGUUCUACUGCCAGGCACUUGGUGAAUUGAACACUGCCCUACGGCAUCCUACGAGAUGGAGGUCAGAUGCGCUGAUGGUGGCUUCAAGGAUCCUCGGUCUCUACGAGGUACAUGCAUUCCAAACCCCCUUCUUCCUCUGCGAAAAGCCAACACUCAUUCCAUUUCAGCUCUUAUACGGCGCAGAUGAUAGAGAGAGACGGGGCAUCUCUCAAGCCCAGAGCUGGGAAGGUCAUGCAAUGGGAGAAAUGGCCCUAGUCGUGCAGCGAACACCACAGAGCCAUGUCGACGGCCACGCGCACCAGCUUUUCUGCUCUGGGCGGGUUCAUCUUACAAUUACACACAUCAAGCGGCGGCAAAGAUGUCCUUUGAGCCAUCCUAUCUGGAAGACAGUACCCUGGAAGCAUCAUACAAAGUCUUCCAAAGACGCACUAGUAGACAUCUUUGUUGAUAUUCCGGGAAUACUCGAAGAUCUCGAUCAACUGCGUGAUUGUGAGCCAGGGAUCGAGAAAGAGGCAAAACGGAGUAGACUGGUGAAUGAGUGCUGGCGCAUCGACAGAGAACUUACACGAUGGCUUGACAACAUGGGCCCGACAGAAGAGCUGGAAGACCUCGAAAGAAGAGGUGUCGAAAAUCCCACCAUGUGUGACGUCGUCAUAACAUCGAUCAUGACCUUGUUUUGGACGACUUCCAUUUUGGCCUACAGCGCUCUUCGCCUUGCUCUUGGCCCGAGGCCUGACACUGAGCUGCCGGAGCGAACCAACCCUAGGGUUUUCUGUACCAAGAUCGCCAACAUCGUCGAUGUCUUCUUCCAUCCAAAUGCAGGGACCUUCGGAAUUUCAUCUGCGCCUUUGCCGAUCGGCAUGGCGCUGGUAUACCUGAACUCGACUGAGGAGGGGUUCAACUCAGAGGAUAAACGGAAGCUUGUCAGUCUCUUCGGCAUGCGGGCUAAUAACGGGAUUGGAAUUGGAAAGUUCUUGAUCAGUACCCAAAGCGACGGCAUCGUGCCGAGGGGCGCAGUCCAGUAUCCCAAGUGCGAAGCUAUCAAGGCCAAGGCAAAGAGGUGGAUGGGUGCUGUAGGGUAG